AUGUCUUCUCCUCGCAACAACCAAGAAGAGGUUAUCCAGCCUGACCAUGCCCUACAGCCUAUCGCGGAUGAUGAGACCUUUGAUACCGAUAGCGAACGGUCCUCGUUGACGUCUCUCACGUCGUCUAUUCUACAGGGUAAAGUUGAGGGAGGGAGGACUUAUGCCGUCUACGGUAAAGAAGAGUAUGGACUCCCAAUGGACGAGGCUGAGCUUGAUCGCAUCGAUAUGUGUCACACAAAGUACUGCGCUCUCAUUGGGAAGACUCGCUAUUUAGCGCCCGUAAAUAGCCCUCAAAGAAUUCUUGAUCUUGGCUGUGGCACAGGUAUAUGGUCCAUCGAGAUGGCUGAGGAGUUUCCAUCUGCUGAGAUAAGCUCUGAGCCAGGUUACUCACGGAACUCAUUCUGUGUGAGGCUAAGUCGCUCCAGGGUUCCCCCAAACUGUCACUUCGAGGUCGAUGAUAUCGAGAGAAUAUGGACAUGGCGAGAAGAGAGCUUUGACUUUAUCUUCUCCCGAGAUCUCCUGCUCGCAAUUCGAGAUUGGCCAGCAUUGAUCGACCAAACUUACACACACCUCCAACCCGGAGGCUGGGUGGAGUUUCAGGCCAUCGUUGGCGUUCUUGGGUGCGAUGACGACUCAAUCCCUGAAGACAGCUACCUACGCAAAUUCUCCACCAUGAUGGAGCAGGGUUCUUCCAAGUUCGGCGCCUGUCUUACAGACCCCAUGAAGUGGAAAGGUUGGUUCGAGGAGCGCGGCUACACCAAUGUUACAGAACGAGUUUUUAAGCUUCCCUUCAACCCAUGGCCCAAAGAUCCACGCAUGAAGCUACUAGGAGCAUGGGAGAUGGAGAAUCUCCUGCAGGGACUUGAGGCGAUGGUGACUAGGAUGUUCCAGAAGGGACUUGGCUGGACGGAUGCUGAGGUGACUGUCUUUUUGGCAUUCUUGAGAAAGGAGAUUAAGAAUCCUCGUAUGCAUGGCUAUUGGCCUUAUUAUGUCGUUUAUGCCCAGAAGCCGGAGGAGGAAAAGGCACAGGCUGUCGAGUGA